UGGAUACGAUGGUGUACGUACAAAAGAUUCCAGACGAUAAAAACCAUUUUGAUUUGUCGUUUUAUUGCGUUUCCAUUUAAAAAAGAAAGAUUACUAACGCCGACUCUCUCAAACUCUCUCAACCAAAAAAUGGAGAGUACAGAUUCCUCCGGUGAUCCUCCGCCGCCGCAACCAAACCUCCCUCAAGGAUUCAGGUUUCAUCCAACAGACGAAGAACUCGUAAUUCAUUACCUCAAACGCAAAGCUGAUUCUGUUCCUUUACCAGUAGCAAUCAUCGCCGACGUUGAUCUUUACAAAUUCGAUCCAUGGGAACUUCCCGCGAAAGCUUCGUUUGGAGAACAAGAAUGGUAUUUUUUCAGUCCAAGAGAUCGGAAAUAUCCAAACGGAGCAAGACCUAACCGAGCUGCGACUUCCGGUUAUUGGAAAGCGACUGGUACAGAUAAACCGGUGAUUUCAACCGGUGGUGGUGGAAAUAAAAAAGUGGGAGUUAAAAAAGCUCUAGUGUUUUACAGUGGUAAACCACCAAAAGGAGUUAAAUCAGAUUGGAUUAUGCAUGAAUAUCGUUUAACUGAUAAUAAACCUACUCAUAUUUGUGACUUCGGCAACAAGAAAAACUCUCUCAGGCUUGAUGAUUGGGUGUUGUGUCGAAUCUACCAGAAAAACAAUAGUACAACAUCUCGACAUCAUCAUCAUCAUCAUCUUCAUCUGGAUAAUAAUGAUCAUCAUCGUCAUGAUAUGAUGAUUGAUGAUGAGCGAUUUCGUCAUGUUCCUCAUGGUCUUCACUUCCCGGCGAUUUUUUCAGAUAAUAAUGAUCCGACGGCUAUAUAUGAUGGUGGUGGCGGUGGAUACGGCGGCGGAAAUUACUCGAUGAAUCAUAACUUCGCAUCUGGAUCGAAGCAAGAGCAGUUAUUUCCACCGGUGAUGAUGAUGACGAGUAUAAAUCAAGAUUCUGGUAUUGGAUCGUCGUCGUCACCUAGCAAGAGAUUUAACGGCGGCGGCCUUGGAGAUUGUUCGACUUCAUUGGCGGCGACGCCGUUAAUGCAGAACCAAGGUGGGAUUUACCAGUUGUCUGGUUUGAAUUGGUACACUUGAAAUAAUUCGAAAAUUUUUCCGAUGAAGAAUUUUAAGAAUUUCGAUUUUAUAUUUUUAAAAUUUGUGUAUAUAUAUACGGUUUGAGUAAUUAGGGGGCAUUGGGGGAUUUAAUUACGGUUGAUUAUUAUUGUAUAGUGUUAUAGAACGAAUUAAGGAGAUUAAUUUAAAUAGAUUAAUGGAGGAGAGGUGAGGUAACAUAUAGAAAUUAUACAACAAUUGCUUCUUCUUUUUUUCAUUAAUGUAUAGGUGAUUUAUACUUA